UAAACAACAAUCAAGCCCAACAACAACAAUAUUAACGAAAAUGCAAUAAAAUUGUGAAAAAAAUAUAAAAAAAACAACAACAAAAUCUAAAGCUAAAGCCAGCAAAGAAGCGACAACAACAACAUCCACAGUAACAAUAACAAUAAGAAUAAGAACAACAACGAAACAACACACGCCACAUCAUGAUCAGCAGAUGGUGUAGCCUACAGGCCCUGCUGCUGCUGCUCAUGAUGAUGAUGCACUGCAGCAGACAUCCAACAACAAACGCCUACAACAUCGAUCUGCCCAGCUACGUGCGGCAUCGGCAUGCCAGCAAUUCCAUGUUCGGCUUCAGCAUUGCGCUGCACAAGGCCCGCAACGAUUUUACCAACUUCAACUCUUUGGUUGUGGGCGCACCCAAGUUCGAUACAUCCUCGUAUCAGGAGCGCGUGGUGGAGGCUGGCGCCGUAUUCAAAUGCACGAUGAACGAUGAUGACUGCCAGUUGGUAACAUUCGAUUCCAAAGGUAACAAUCGGAAUACAAUGGGCGAGGUCAUCGAUCGCAAGUCAUAUCAAUGGCUUGGAGCCACUGUGGCCACCGGACGGGACAGCGACUUGGUUGUGGCCUGCGCGCCGCGCUAUGUCUUCCACACGAUGACGCCAUCGAGGGCGCUGCGCUAUGAUCCGGUCGGCACCUGCUUCACCUCGCACAACUUCAAGCAGUUCCACGAGAUAUCGCCGUGUCGCACAAACAACUGGGGAUAUCAUCGACAGGGCUCUUGUCAGGCUGGCUUCAGUGCGGCUGUCAACAGUAACGGAUCGCGUUUGUUCAUUGGCGCACCUGGCAGCUGGUACUGGCAAGGACAAACCUACUCAAUACCGCCCGAUGCCGAGUUUCCAUUUAAGCCGCCUUAUUAUCAGCCCUUCGGCACUGGAGGUCAAGCGAUAUCGCAGGAUGUGACCAAGCCGGAGAAUCAGGUGUUCUCCACGGCGGAGAGCACAUCGGCCAAUGAUGAUUCCUAUUUGGGCUAUUCGAUGAUCACCGGCGAUUUUGAUGCCGAUCGCAGCGAGGAUGUGGCCAUUGGCAUGCCCCGCGGCGCCAAUCUGCUGGGCAAGAUCGUUGUCAAUCGCUGGAACAUGGCGAACAUAUUCAAUAUAACGGGUCGCCAAAUAGGCGAAUACUUUGGCUAUGCUCUGGCCACCAGCGAUGUGGAUGGCGAUGGCCUCGACGAUCUGAUCAUCGGUGCGCCGAUGUACACGGAGCCCGGCAAUGUGGAGGGCAAAUACGAUGUCGGACGCGUCUAUGUGCUGCUCCAGGGCGGCACAACACCGUCGGAGCAUUGGACGAGGGAGCACAUACGCGACGGCUUCCAUACCAAGGGUCGCUUUGGCCUGGCACUGACCACGCUCGGCGAUGUCAAUGGCGAUGGCUAUGGUGACUUUGCCGUCGGCGCACCCUACGACGGACCCGAGGGUCGCGGCGUUGUUUACAUCUAUCAUGGCUCCGCGCUGGGUCCGUUGCUGAAACCCUCGCAGAUAAUCAAGGCCGAGCAGCUGGUGGAGGCGGCGCCAUAUCCGCGCACCUUUGGCUUUGCGCUAUCCGGCGGCGUGGACAUGGAUGGCAAUACGUAUCCGGACUUGGCCGUUGGCGCCUAUGCCUCGGAUCAGGUGUACAUCUUUAAAUCACGCCCGGUGGCCGCUGUCAAUGCGGAGACCGUCUUUGCCAGCAGCUCGAAGCUGAUCAGCCUGGACGAUCGCACCUGCCAGCUGCAGCGGGAUCACACAAAGGUGCCCUGCAUGCCGUUGAGCACCUGCUGGAGCUACACCGGCCGCUAUCUGCCCAAUCAGUUGGACUUUGAGGUUUCCUGGCUGCUGGACGCGAAGAAGACGCGCAAUCCGCGCAUGUUCUUCCUGCGCGACGAGGGCAAACACAUACGCAACCAGACGAUACGCCUCAGCUAUGGCCAGAAAUAUUGCCUCAAUGAGACCGUCUACCUUAUGGACGGUGUGCAGGACAAGCUGACGCCCUUGGAGGUCGAGGCGCGCUACAAUCUGCGCAGCAGUCGUCCACUCGAAUCGCUCGUCCGUAGACGUCGCGAGGCCCUCGAGCCGGUGAUCGAUCAGAAUCGUGAGAUCAUUUUACGUGAUGCAAUCAACAUACAGAAGAACUGCGGACCGGAUAACAUCUGCGAGCCGGAUCUGGCGUUGACCGUCACGGCCGUCGACAAGUAUCUGUUUGUCUCGGGAGAGCCGCUGACCAUUGAGGUGCUCAUCAAGAAUAACAACGAGGAUGCCUUUGAGGCGGCUUUCUACAUGAUGACACCCCGGGACUUGCAAUUCAUCAAAGUGCAGCAGCUGGGCGAGAAGAUUGACCUGCCCAUCACCUGUUCGGUGCCCGAUAGCAGCAACAAUUACACGCUCAAGUGUGAUAUUGGCAAUCCGCUAAAGGGUGGCAAUAUGACCCAUUUUACUGUCAGCUUUGUGCCCGCGGAGAAGAACACAAACACGUCCAGCUAUGACUUCUUCUGGGUGGCCAAUUCAACAAAUGUGGAACGCAAGAAUUCAGAAUUCGACAAUGUGGGCAGCAAGAGCAUCGGCGUCUGGGUGGAAACCGAUCUGACCAUCAAGGGCACCUCCCUGCCGGACUAUCAGGUGUACAAAGCUGCUGACUAUAAGGCGCCGGGCAAUGCCACCAUCGAGGAGGAUCUGGGUCCCCAGGUCGUGCACAUCUACGAGCUGCGCAACAAUUUGAGCUCCUUCAUUGAGCGAGCCGUUGUAGACAUCUAUUAUCCAUAUCAGACCGAAUCCGGCGAUCCACUCAUGUACAUACUCAAUCAGCCAGAGACGGGCGGCAAGAUCAGAUGCGACAUGAUUGAAGUCAACGAGCUAGGCCUCAAGCUGAACGAUAAGCUAAAGAAGAAAUCCUAUUUGCAUGCCCAGGGCGCGAUCAGCAAUUCUGUGCCGCUCGAUGGCCAGGCUGUCGCCGGCGGCGAAGCUGAUGGCGGCGGUGGACACUUGCAGAUAUCGCAUGGCAUUCAAACGGGCGGCACGGUUGGCGUCACCGUCGGCAAUGACAAUCAGCGCAGCUUGACGCCCAAGCAGAAGGAGCUGCUGGAGCGCGAGGAUGCACAGGAUGCCACCGGUGAUGCCUCCUAUGUGCACUUGAAUCGUGCCAAUCAAGCGGAUGCCGAGCAGGAGGCUAACAUCAAUCAGACCAGCGCCAGCUAUAGCCUGCCCAGAACUGAGCUGCUCGGACAUAGCACACAUGGUCACAUACAAAUGGCAUCGCCGCAGUUCAGCUCCAGCUCCAGCUCCAGUUCCAGCUAUCAAUCGCGGCCGCAGCAGCAGCAGCAGCAGCUCUAUGUGGCAGGCGCUGGCGGCGGCUAUGGUGGUGGUGCGGCUGACAAGUCCAUCUAUGGCGGACGCAGCGGCAACUUCCAUGCGGGCACACUCGAUCUGGGCGCCAUAAAUCGCGGCAAUGUGGACAAUGAGCUGCACAACAGCCAGGCGCAGCAGUUCGGCCAGCCCGCCGUGCAGCACCAUGUGGUCUACAGCUCUGGCAGCAAGCCCUAUUAUGGACGCGAGAACGAGGACUUUUACGACGAGGACAAUCAGCAGCAGAAGGCUCUCGGACAGGGUCAGGGUCAGCAUGGUCAGUGGAGCAGCUCCAGUUCGAGCUCCAGUCAGCGACGCUUUAGACGUGAGGUGCCUACCACGAUAGAGAUGAGAUUGGCGAACGGCACCUCACCUUGCUUGGGCGUCCAGUGCCGUCAGCUGCGCUGCUAUUUGGAAAAUCUAGGCUAUGAGGAUGCCGAUGCCGCGUUUGUGGCCAUACGCGCUCGCAUGGUGGCCACCACCAUGGAGAAGCUGGCGCCGAAUGUGCCCCUCAAUGUGUCCACGCUGGCGGUGGCCAAUGUCACCAAUUUGCCCUUCAUUGGCACGCCCAAGGAUAAGAUUGUGAAGACGCACGAGAUCUUCUACAAGGCGCAGCCGGAGCCGCUGCAGGUCCCCGAUGUGGUGCCUCUGUGGGUGGUCGUCCUGGCCGCCUGUGCGGGCGCUCUCAUAUUCCUGCUGCUCGUGCUGCUGCUCUACAAGUGCGGCUUCUUCAAGCGUAAUCGGCCCGCGGAUCAUUCACAGGAGCGACAACCGUUGCGCAACGGUUACCAUGGCGAUGAGCAUCUGUAAAGUGCUUGCGGCAGCAGCUGCAGCGGCAGCGCCAGAAAUUGAAUUAACAAAUACAAAAGAAAAAACGAACAAUUAACAUCGCACUAAAACAACGUACUAAAACGCAAACAAGAAACGGUUCUAAAACAAAUGUACUAAAACAACGAACGCUCUUAGCCAAGUUUCAAACCGCGCGCGCGUUUUUAAAACGCGACAGCAGACGAAAAAUAGAAUUCAAUUUAAAACAAAACAAAAACAAAUUAAUAAUUAUAAUGUGCGAUGUUGCGAUGAUUUUUUUUUUCAUAAACAAAAAAACACGUAAAACUUGCCUAGUCACGAAAUUAAGAACUUUCUAAAGCGAAACGGUUUAAUUAUACAUAUAUAUUUUUUUUAUGUUUUUUUUUUUUUAAUUAACGAUUUUUAUUUUUUCCAAUGAAACCUGCAAAUUUUCAACGAAGAAGUUACAAGUGCUAUAUUAAUCUGUACUAAAGAUAACUACGUUAAGUAAGUGUGCGAGUGUGUGUGAGUGGGCGUUUGAGUGUGAGUGUGAGUGUGUGCGAGUGUGUGUGUGCGUGGUUUUUCGAGUGCCUGAUUUGAGUUUUGCUAAUGCUAAAGGCAAGACUACAAUAAAAUAGAAAUGAAUUAUUAUUUUUAAACGCGAUUAAAUGCUGCCCGCAGAGAAGCUUCGAGAUCUGUCUGCACUGCCACGCCCACUGGCGCCAGCAGCCAGCAGUAGCAUAAAUAAUUGAAAUUGAAAUAAUAGGUGCUACUUUAAAGCUUUUUUUUCCUCCCCCCCGCCCACUAUUAAUACAUAUAACUGAAUGUAUUCAGAUUGUUGGCGCGCAAGAGCGUUAUUUUUUUUUCAAAUAUUUUUUUCUUCGAAUUUGUUUCGUAAUUCUUAAUUUGCAAAUAAUUUGCCAAACUCAAAGUUUGCCAACUGAAGAAACAGUUUUGAAAUGAUAAAAUGUCUAAUGUUAUAUUCUUUUUCUUCUUGUAAUUGUAAAACUCUUUGUGUAUAUACUAAAAAACAAAACAACAAAAAAAAAAAAAACAAAAACAAAAAACAAUUAAGGCGUUUAAUUAAUGAAUAUGCAUUUAUUUCCACACUACACCGCAAGAAGCGCAGAUCGACUUCUUUUGGUGUACUCUCGAAAUAAUGAAUGGGUAGUGUAUCCACUUAGCUUGUUAGCCGCUGUCCUUUUGUCAAUUAUUUAAACACAACUCGCUUUUGUUUAAUUUAUUAACUGUACUUAUAAAUGCGUGUGUU